AUGGCGUCAUUCGACCAACCCCACAAUGGCGAUGGAGUUGCAGCGUCCACCCUCUUUCACACAAUCGCCAGCGACGUUAUACGAAAUGGUUCAAAGGCUGUUUUGAAAAGGGAGAAGGUGCAGCAACUUCGAGGUCGGUGCAGAGAUCGAGGCAACAUUACCAACGAAUUCGACAGCAUCCUGACCCUGUACGGCGACGAAUCUUUCGUGCCAAUCAUCAGCAAUCCAGAUCUGAACAUGUACCUCGAGAAUAUGGCUUUGCACUUGUCAGCCUACAUCACCAAAGCCAACAAAGCUGUCGCCAACUUUAUUGAGAAGGAGUUCACGUCUCCUACUGAGUAA